AUGCCCGCGGCGGGAAGAUCGCCUAUUGGCCAUGGCCCGGCAACGAUCACGUGUCAUUGUUUGGAGUUUGAUAGUGCUGCUUCUUGUCUCAAGGUGCCUUGUAUCGUCUUGUUCAGCAGUGCCGUGUGUCAUCUUGUAUCGCCUUUUGAGUUUUGUGUCGCCUUUGUACAUUACUCAUUAGUCUCGGCCCAGACACAGCGCCACAGCCCCACAGUAUCAUCACCCUCACCUUGCAACUGUCCACUGUUGGCCUCAACAUCCGCGUCCUGCUCUCCGUCACUGCCAGUACCUUCAUCGUCCGUGGUCUGCCGAUCCUCAUCCUCCGUCAAUAUUAUUGUCACAUCCGUUGCUGCUUCAGAUUUGAAAAUGGCAACGCCUGCUCCGGCUCCUGCAAGCCAGGACAACGCACAGGCUACAGCAAGCCAGGCCAACGCUGCAUCACCGGUUGCUGCCGCUAGCCAGGGCAACGCGGCAUCACCGGUUGCUGCCGCUAGCCAGGGCAACACGGCCCCACCGGCCGCUGCCGCUAGCCAGGGCAACACGGCCCCACCGGCCGCUGCCUCUAGCCAGGGCAACGCAGCCCCACCAGCCGCUGCCGCUAGCCAGGGCAACACGGCCCCACCGGCCGCUGCCGCUAGCCAGGGCAACGCUGCCCCACCGGCCGCUGCCGCUAGCCAGGGCAACACGGCCCCACCGGCCGCUGCCGCUAGCCAGGGCAACGGGGCCUCACCCGCCGCUGCCGCUAGCCAGGGCAACGCAGCCCCACCGGCCGCUGCCGCUAGCCAGGGCAACGCAGCCCCACCGGCCGCUGCCGCUAGCCAGGGCAACACGGCCCCACCGGCCACUGCCGCUAGCCAGGGCAACACGGCCCCACCGGCCACUGCCGCUAGCCAGGGCAACGCAGCCCCACCGGCCGCUGCCGCUAGCCAGGGCAACGCUGCCCCACCGUUCGCUGCCGCUAGCCAGGGCAACACGGCCCCACCGGUCGCUGCCGCUAGCCAGGGCAACGGGGCCUCACCCGCCGCUGCCGCUAGCCAGGGCAACGCGGCCCCACCGCCUGCUGCUGUAAUCGACGGUUUGCAGAUGCUGAGGCCAAUGCAAUUGCCCCGUUCACGUGAGGCACAG